AUGGGUUACUCCGAGAUCUACUGCCAUCUUUGUGGCGUCAGCUUCAACAUCGCCCGAAGCCGGAAACCGGGAGAGCCGGAUCUGGCUAGCUGGGACUACGCUGGCCAACAAUGUGCUGAGCCUGGAAUCGAAGAGGUAGAUUUGGAAAAAUGCGCUCAGAAUGGCUGCUUAGCGGCAAUUAGCUAUCCGAAGAACGAUGGCGACAACAUGCUUGAAGAUCCAGAUUACGUUCCUCCGGAUGAAGAUGACUACAGCGACCCUCGUGAAUACGAUUCAGAGUAUGAUUCAGACACUUCCAUGAGUAUCUCUGGGGAUGAUAAUGGCGACAGCGACUCGGACCAUGAUAAUGAAAACAAGGAUCCUCAAGUCGAUUGUUACUCAGACUGGUUGGCGGAAACCCUGAAUCCGCAAGCCAGAUUCUCCGGGGAACCCGUUGGGCACUUUGGCUUUAUCAAUAAGCGUUAUCGCAAUGAAUCCGUAUUUCCGAUCAAGUCAACUACCUUGUCAGACUACGACCCGGAAGAGUUGGAGCAUAUUCCCAGUCGGACCUGCACAGAAGCAAAUGCGUACUCGGGCUUUUCGAUCUCACUCGAAGAGAUGAAAGGGUGUCGCACCGCCCAGUGUCUGGUCCAUAAGAGUGCCAUACAGGAUCCAUCACAGAGUAUCGAAUUCCACGAGCCCUGGGAGGUUUCUGAAGAUUGGUUUCUGUCAGGGUUGAGUGAUGGAAUACCGUCUCGCGAUUGUGGUUACCCAAAAGUGUGGCCUGCGCAAGGUGGAGUCGACAGGCCGCGAGCGGAGAAUAUCAAUUUUGAUCCGGAAUGGACACCCCCACAAGAUUUGCCGAUGCCGUUCCACCCUUGGUGUUUCGAUAUCUUCUGCCGUCAGUCCAAAGCUCGGCUCAACCGCAUCAAUAUCUCAGGCCUUAUCAAGUGGCGCAAUGCCGAGUUUACCUAUGAGGACUUUCACAGUUUCCCUUGGUCAGGAGAUGUCUUCGAAGGCCAAGAUCAAUUUUGGCAGCAUGUUCCAGGCAAAGAGUAUCUGGCUGCCAACCCCCUUUACGUGCCAGGCUUAGAGACCUUUUUGCUGAAUGCAGGCAGAAAAGAAGAGGACUUAUCUCACGAUGAAAUGGAGGAGUUCGAAUUUUCGAACAAAAGUCACACUUCAUUGCAAGUUGGUCACGAUGAUGUGUUUGUUUCCCUACCGCCAGAGAUACGUCUGCUAUUAGCCAAUUUCCUGGAUGCCGGCGACCUCACCAAUUUAAGGGUCGCUUCCAAGACGUUCACCAGCCUUCCAAAUAGCGUAUGGCGGCGCCUUGUCCGAGAGGAGAUGCCCUGGCUAUGGGAAUCUUGGUCUGACGGCGAGGAAGACCACGUUCCUUCUUUCUGGACAACGGUGACCGCGAACGAUCUCCUGUUCCUCAAGGAAGUACGAGAGCACUAUUCAGCACAACUGAGUGAUGUUGGUACUCCAACUAGCGAGGCGGUCAAUUCCCUGCUUCCAUUUCCAAAAGAGGUACCGAACCAGCUGAGGCUGCUCAGAGGAAGCACAAAUUGGCACGGGGUUUACACUCAGAUUAAGAAAAAUUGGAGCAGUCUCAGGGGACUGCGGAAUCGACAGCGGAUUUGGGAAAAUGUGGAAGAGAUUAUCAAGCGGAUUGAAAAGUACGAAACGCAGGUUUGA